AUGACAGGAAAGUGGAAAAAGCCUUUUUCUAAUCGUAGUACUUCCGUAAAGAGUUUCAAACCAUCCAAUCAACCUAUAAUUAAAAUAUCAAUCAUGCAUAUCACUGAGUCGAUUGAGUAUGGAAAAUUUGAACAACUUAAUAUUCAUAUGAUCAGCAAACCGUUCACGAACAUAUUUUGGAAAUUUCAGAAUACACGAUUCACGUUUGUUGUAAUCUUACCAACUACACCGGGAAGACUUGAAUAUCCUGAUAAAGUACUGAGAGGAGAAAUCGAACUACCAGAAUUGAUGAAACAACUUCGACCAACUCAAGUAACCCUAGGAUUACCACGGUUCAAGUUAGAUACAUCACUUGAUUUAGUUGGAACAAUAAAAUCAAUGGGAGUAACUGAUCUAUUUGAUGCAAAAUUAGCAGAUUUGAGUGGAAUAACGAAGGCCAAGAUUUCCGCUGAUGUUCUUAAACAAAGUGCAUCUAUUAAAGUUAAUGAAGAGGGUGUAGAAGCUGCAGCUGCGACCGUGAUAAGCAUUUCAUUGACCAGUGUAAGAAAUCAAAAGCCUAUUCUAUUCAAUGUCAAUGAAUCAUUUGUUUGCUUUAUUUACGAUAAAGUAUUAAACACACCACUAUUUGCUGGUCGUGUGAUUACGCCAGUAUCACUGAAGGAUUGA